UAAAGUGACGUUUCUGCGCGCGGUGUUAAAAAUCGAGCCGUAAAUCUUUACCGCGUGCGCAUCGGGCAGGGGACAGAUCCGGGAACCACAGAUCCGGGAACCACAGAUCCGGGAACCACAGAUCCGGGAACUUUUGGCAGUUGAAAAUAACUGAUCUUUAUAAAAUGUUAAGGUGAUUUUCUCUCACACCUGGCAACCUCGCGCGCUGUCCUGUUCUUCCGGUUUCAGCGCUGAGGACAUCACCGUGCGGAAGUGCACGAGCGUGGAUGUGGAAAUUCAGCACAGAGUGAGGUGUAAAUGCCACCGGGCGCGCGCGGGCACACGGCGGAGUGAUCGUAUUCAGGUACCGCGAGCAGGAAUGUCUGAGGCUAGUCUCGAGUCACAGAGGAACCUAUCAGACUCUCAGGAAGAGGUUCCGAGUGAUAUGGACAAGUCUGUGAGCCAAUCAGAGAGCUUCACUGAUGACACGCACAUGACUGAGAUCCACAUUAAUGACAGUAGCAGUACUAAAAACCUCAGCCAUGAGCGUAAUGGUGAGGAUGAUGAAGGCCAUCAGGAUGCAGUAAUGCAGAACUGCAGCAGUAAUGACAGAGUUCAUACAGUCACUGAGGAGAACUCUGAUCCCAGAUCAGCUAAUCCUGAAACUUCACAGAAUUUAAAGGUGGUCAUGGCAGACGAGGCCUGCAGAAGUCCAGCUGCUGAGCUGUCAGUCAGCAGUAACGGAGACUCAGGUGGAGACGUGUUCCAGCGUGAUGUGUCACAUGGUCUAUCCUCUGGACCAAUCACAUCGCACAUUCACAGUGCACCAGACCAUGGUAUAAUGACCGAGGGUGUGGUUGCAGUGGGACCUUACACAGGACAGAAGAGUCAGCCUUCAUCCUCCUCAUCUCCUUCGUCUCCCACCGUGGCUCCCAGUCCUGUAGCAGCUAGCCGUCUGUCUCGCUCUGGCAGUGCUAGUCAGGUGGAGAGAGAGACAGGAUCUGUCAAAGAGCAGUCUAACAGUGGUGCUGUGGUCCUCGCUGAUGACAUGAAAAACCCGGCGAUGGAAAAACUUGAGUUGGUCAGGAAGUGGAGCAUUAACACGUACAAAUGCACUAAGCAGAUCCUAUCGGAGAAGCUGGGUCGCGGCUCACGCACCGUGGAUCUGGAGCUGGAGGCUCGUAUCGAUGUGGUGCGUGAUAACAAGCGUAAAUACGAGCAGGUGGUGAAGCUGGCGCAGACGCUGGCCAAUCAGCUCGCACAGAUGAUGCAGACGCAGCGUCAACUGGGCGACGCCUUCGCUGACCUUAGUCUCAAAACACCUGAGCUGCACGAGGAGUUUGGCUACAACGCUGACACUCAGAAGCUCCUGUCUAAGAAUGGUGAGACUCUUUUAGGAGCCAUCAACUUCUUCAUCGCCAGUGUCAACACCCUGGUGGACAAAACCAUCGAGGACACCAUGAUCAACAUCAAACAGUAUGAAGCAGCUAGGAUCGAAUAUGAUGCAUAUCGUACGGAUCUGGAGGAACUGAAUCUCGGCCCGCGCGACACCACCACACUGCCCAAAAUCGAGCAGUCUCAGAUCCAGUUCCAGAUCCACCGCGAAAAAUACGAGAAGAUGCGCAAUGACGUCUCCAUUAAACUCAAAUUCCUGGAGGAGAAUAAGGUGAAGGUUCUCCACAAUCAGCUGAUCCUCUUCCACAAUGCCAUCGCUGCAUAUUUUGCUGGAAACCAACAGCACCUGGAGCAGACGCUCAGACAGUUCCACAUCAAACUGAAAAUGCCCGGCGCAGACACGCCCUCCUGGUUAGAGGAACACUGAGUCCUAAACUAAACUCCCUCAAAGGUCCUGCAAGUGAUUGAUCCAGAGAGGAAGCAGGAAGUUCAUGCACUCCUCAAAUACUAAAAAUCUCCAAAAUACUCUGUCUUCUUGCUGUUUUUCUGUUUUUCCACGCAAGGACACUAAUGCUGUUAACAAAUUUAAAGUUGAGUUUGGCGGGAAAAAGAAAACCUUAAGAACAAAUGAUUUCUCUUUCAGUUCCACAGUUGGGUUUUUAAGUGAGUGUUUAUCUGGGAGAAGAGUGUUGUUCUCGUGUGGGAGAAAAUUAGAUGCAGACUUUAAUAACGUCCUAAAACAUUUAUGACAAAUCAGAUCUUUUUAUAAAAACACAAAAAAAUUUAUUGAACCAAAGGGUCUAAAAAAAAGUCCAGCUCUGUCCAGAGCCUUUUUCUUGCUCUGGUUCUUUUGCCUUCCUUAUAAACUUGGAGUGAUUUCUCCAUCAUUUCAACUGAAAAACUGCAGUUUCCAGAGUCACCAAGUCCUGGACCAGUUGGGUGUUUUGGUGUUUUUUUUUUCCCAUUUUGGAAAAAUAGGAGUUUGAUGCGUUUUUAUUGAGCAGUGAGGAGGGCAAAUCUUAAUGUUUGGAUUUAAAACACUUUAUAUUUAAUAUUAAUGAGUUAAAAUGAAUGUUGUCAGAAGCUAUCACUUUGACUUCAGUAAUGUGCCUUUUCUCUCUCCAGCAAACAUUUAGGGGAGAAAAAAAAAACAGAUGUUACACUGCGAUGCUGUGGACCAACACACACACACACACACCAGUUCAUGUGUAAAUGUGUAUAUGUGUACAUUAAUAAUACGUAACUAAAAGGACCUGCAGUUUCUUUUUCACUCUUUAUUAUAAAUCACUUUUUUUUAUAAACACUCAUGCUCUUUAGCUGCAUUCCAGAUUAUAAACUGUUUCAGAACUGUUUUGUAUUUGAUAUAAACCAAACUCUUUCUGACGUGAAAGCUGGAACAAUGACCUUCUCCUGCGUCUGUCUGAAAUACGCUGGAGAUUUUUGUGACUUCUCUUUUUAAUGUGCUGCAACGUAAAUGUUUUCUAUUUUUGUUUCACACUUGCUUGCUGAUAUCUGUAAUAAUCUAUCUAUAUUUUUUCCAAUUUUGUUGCAAAUCUCGAAGCUCAGAAACUGAAAAAGAAAUCUUUUCGUUAAAAAUCUUCUACAGUCAAGUCCAAAAGUCUGAGUGAACAAGAACUGAUUUUAUUUUGCCAUUUUAAAAAAUCACAACAAAUAGAUUGAUAACUGAUUAAAUGUAAAAGUCCAGUUUACGCUGACAGCAUAAAUAUAUACAUUUAUAUUUUAUUACAUUUUUUAUUUCUAACACACGUCUCAUACAGACUGAUGGCUGAAACUGACUGUUUUUUAGUUGCCUUGUGAUUUUUAUUUUAACUUUUGGAUUUACAUGAGUAAAGAAUGAUAAAUUGUUUUUGAAUUAUAUUAAGAUAAAACUUAAAAUAAAACAUUUUCCCCACUCAUUAAAAAAAAUGUUUUGCCAGUGGACUUUUAGACUCGACUGUAAACACUGCAGAAUUUUCUAAAUUUAAUAUCCAGUAAACUUUCUGUAUCAGCUUCACAGAUGCACAUUUAUAGAGUGACUGUGACCCUAAAACUGAUCCCUGUGUAUGAGGCCUGUAUAUCUAUCUAUCUAUCUAUAUCUAUUUGUAAUUUCCUGUAUUUUACAUAUUUUGGAUAUAUACAUAUUUUGCUGUGGGCAUUUUUGAGCGAUGAUGGUAAUUUAAACAGUUAAAGAGUCUUCUAAAAGCUGUGGAUGACAUUGGGAGGAAAAUAAUUAAACCAUUUUGUUUCUAAAA